AUGAACACCUUCAACAAGCAAAGAUUAAUUUGCCUGCUGAAACCAGCAACAUGGUGCAAGCAUGGUUAUUUUGUGGAUAUUGUGGGUCAUCCAGAUGCUAUAUUUGGUAGCACUGAUAAUAAUGACGAAUUAGAGUCAUGGGCAGUUGAUUAUUUAUUUUCAGUAGUUGAAAUUAAACCUGAAUGGCUUAUGAGAAUUGCGCUGGGGGAGGAAUUAAUCAACGUGCACAACCAACCUGUCGAUGUGGACGAAGGAAACCAAAUUCAUUUACACGAGGAGUACAACAGCACAGUGGACAUGAUUGAUGAUGGCACAACUGAAUAUACACAUUAUCACAAAAUCGUCAAACUGAUUCAGCAGAUUUUCGGAUAUAUGGUCAUUAAUGAUAUGCGAUACGGCCUACUCACAUCAUACACUCGAACGUGGUUCCUCCACCGUCAAAAUGAAGAUCCAGAUAUUCUUUACAUUUCUCCUUCUGUUGAUAUCGAUCAAAGCCACACGUCGACUCAACCCUCGUUCUUAGAAUGUGAAGUUAAAAUCGAAAAGAUGAGAAACUAUAAUCGUAGUCGGUUUUUGUUUGGAAGUGUACUGGGACAUGGUCGAUCAGGAGUUGUUCUGACAGCUAAACUCUGUGGAAAGACAGGCGCUCUCAAACUGGCUGACCUAUACAAAAACAAGGAAUUACUGGAGGAAAUGCUUAAUGAAAUCAGAAUUUACGUCGGACCACUCAUCGACAUUCAAGGCAUGCAUAUCCCAAAGCUUCUACGAUUCGGAGUUCUUCAUGAAGCGUUUGUCUUCAUUCUUAUGACAUCAGCUGGAAUUUCGUUUGCGAAGUUGGGAAAUGACGUUAUGAAAAAGGAGAAACUGUUGGCCGUUGAGGGCUUACAAGCGAUCCAUAAAAGAGGGGUAUUGCAUGGUGAUAUUAGAUUGGAGAAUAUAAUGGCAGAGAAAAAUCACUUGACGGGUCAGAGCCGUGUGUGGUGGAUCGAUUUUGCUUUGAGCAAAACGGGAGCGAGUGCAAAAGAUCUAGAUAGGGAGUUGGUCGAAUUGAAACGUUUGCUUUGUUUAGUAGACCAGAAAGGUGCUCCCGAUGCACUUUUAGCAUCCCAGCAGAAUAAUUUGGCGGUGGAUGUUAAAUAG